AUGUCUCAACAGCAGAGCAUUUUGCCCAAAACCGGCUGUGUGGCGGUGACGCGGCGGACCAUGGACAACAGGUCUGUCCGGAGAAGGCGAACCGGUGCCGUCCGACAUCUGCUGCUUGCAGCCGCCUUCCUAGCCUGCAGCUCUCAACUGCUGGUGGUGGAUGCCAACUCAUGGUGGUCACUAGCUCUCACCCCAAUCCAACGGCCAGAGAUGUACAUCAUUGGAGCUCAGCCUCUCUGCAGUCAGCUGUCUGGUCUCUCUCAGGGACAGAGGAAGCUGUGCCAACUGUACCAGGACCACAUGAUUUACAUCGGAGAUGGAGCCAAGACCGGCAUCAAGGAGUGCCAAUACCAGUUCAGACAUAGGAGGUGGAACUGCAGCACCGUAGACAACACAUCAGUGUUUGGACGGGUCAUGCAGAUCGGCUCCAGGGAAACAGCCUUCACCUACGCCAUCAGUGCAGCCGGCGUGGUCAACGCCAUCAGCCGGGCAUGCCGUGAGGGCGAGCUCUCCACCUGUGGCUGUAGCCGAGCGGCAAGACCCCGCGACCUACCUCGCGACUGGCUGUGGGGCGGUUGCGGCGACAACGUGCACUACGGCUACCGCUUCGCCCGGGAGUUUGUGGACGCCAGGGAGAGGGAGAAGAAUUACCCCCGUGGUUCGUCCGAGCACUCCCGCACACUGAUGAACCUGCAGAAUAAUGAAGCAGGGAGACAGGCGGCCUACAAUCUUGCAAAUGUGGCCUGUAAGUGUCACGGAGUCUCAGGUUCCUGCAGUCUGAAGACCUGUUGGCUCCAGCUGGCUGACUUUAGACGUGUUGGAGAGUUUCUGAAGGAAAAGUACGACAGUGCUGCUGCCAUGCGCAUCGGACGAAAGGGCAAGCUGGAGCUGGUAGACAAGCGCUUCAACAACCCGACCCCGGAGGACCUGGCAUACAUUGACCCCAGUCCAGACUACUGCCUCCGCAACGAGACCACCGGUUCACUGGGAACGCAGGGCCGCCUCUGUAACAAAACCUCGGAGGGCAUGGACGGCUGCGAGCUCAUGUGCUGCGGCAGAGGAUAUGACCAGUUCAAGACCUACAAGCAUGAGCGCUGCCACUGCAAGUUCCACUGGUGCUGCUACGUCAAGUGCAAGCGCUGCACGACACUCGUGGACCAGUUUGUGUGUAAAUAG